CGCCCCUCCCAGCCGGGGGGCUGUUUAACCCUCCGGCUGCAGGCGAACAGUGCGAGCGGGAGCUCAGGUGUCUAAGAUGCCAGAGGGCCCAGAGCUGCACCUGGCCAGCUGCUACAUCAACACGGUAUGUGCAGGGCUCAUCUUCUCGGGGAAGGUGGAGAAGUCUGAAGUGAGCAAGAACCCAGAGGUGCUGUUUGAGAGCGACGCGUACCUGAUCUCUGCCACCUCACGGGGCAAGGAGAUCAAGCUGACCCUGACGCCACUCAAAGAGGAGAAGAACUUGCUCCCUGGCAGAGGGAGGGACAGGGAGGGGCUGAGCCAGAAUGGUCUCCAGCAGCCCAUAGAUCUUGUCUUCCGCUUUGGGAUGUCAGGCAGCUUCAAGCUCGCUUCCGGGGCCGAGCUGCCCAAACACGCCCAUCUUUGGUUUUACACCAAGGAGAGCCCGCACCGAGCCCUCUGCUUCGUGGAUAUCAGGCGCUUCGGGAGGUGGGAAGUGCACGGGACGUGGCAGCUGGAUCGAGGGCCAUGUGUGAUGCUGGAGUAUGAGAAAUUCAGGGAGAACGUGCUGAGGAACCUGUCUGACAAGGCUUUCAACAAGCCCAUCUGCGAAGCCCUGUUAAAUCAGAAGUUUUUCAAUGGGAUUGGCAACUACCUCCGAGCCGAGAUUCUCUACAGGUUAAAGAUCCCUCCCUUUGAGAAGGCUCGGACGGUGCUAGAGGCUCUUCAGCAUCGGAAGCAGCAGAGUCCGGACCUGACCUUGAGCAAGAAAGUGAAGUUAAAGCGGGAAAAUCCAGACCUGCUGGAGCUCUGCCAUGCAGUGCCCAUGGAGGUCAUUCACAUGGGGGGGAAGGGUUACAACCCGGAGCCCUCUGAUGAUGCCGCGGCCUUUGAGGAGUGGCUGCAGUGUUAUUGUGUCCCUGGCAUGAGGUCGCUGCGUGAUGGCAAUGGCAGGACCAUCUGGUUUCAGGGGGAGCCUGGACCUAUGGCCCCGAAAGGAGAAAAGUCCCGCAAGAGGCGCUCGCGGGUGAAUGCUGACCCUGAGCCUCCAAGUCCAAAGGCCACAAAGCCGGUGCCGAAGAGACGUUCUAAGGGCAGCAGCAGCCAAGAGAAGGUAGCAAAGCGAUCUGGCAGGAAGAAGGGGAAAGAGCUUGUCCAAGGAGCCGAGAACGCCAAGGCAAAUGAAGCAAGAAGGCCAAAUGCCAGGUCCAGAAGGAAAGCAUCCGCAAGUCAAGGGUCUCCCAUGAGCGAAGCUCCUGCUGCAGAUAGGAAGAGGCAGGCAUCUGCUCGGAGAAGCACAGGAGCAGCUACUGCUGCCCCAAGAUCCAGGCGGGUGAAGGCUGAAUGACUGGUCUGGCACAGCAUCUGUCCUCGCUCCAGCCUGGGGUAACUCAGAUGGGAGCUCGCUUGCUACUGCUGCACGUGCUGAGGGAGACGCACUGGGAGCAGCUGCUGGGGUGACUCUUCUCUCAAGCGGGAGUGCCCGCUGCAUUG